AUGAUUCGAAUCAUUAGUUUCGAGCGAGGAUGUGGGAAAGGACCUAAACUCGAAAUAAAUGUUUUAAAUGUUCAUUGUAAUGGCCAACUUUGCAAUACAAAAGAAUUAUUUGAUAAAACAUUUUUUUGUUUAAAUAAAGGAAAAGAAGAAAAGUCGUUAGGAGCUAUUAUUUGUAAAGAAAGAAGUUGUUUAGUUCGUCGACAUUUUGAUGGAAAAUUAGAACAAGGAUGUGGAAAGUGCCCAAAAAAUAAAAUAAAUUUAAGCAAUAUACAAUGUGCUCAAUGCCAUAAAAAUUCACUUUGUAAUACUGAUACUUUCUUUGAAAGUCAAAUAUUUUGUUGGGAGAAUAAUGCUUUAAAUUGGAUAAAAAAUAAGGGAACGAGGGUUUGUAAAGUUGGUGUUUGCUUUAUUGGGGUUGAUAAAAAUAAUAUGGGUAAAUUUAUAUAUUUAUUUGUUUUGAAAUUAAGUAGAAUCUCAAAAUAA